UGUAUGACGAUAUUAGAUAUGACUAUGGAAGGACUUUGGACUAACAGGAUUUAGAAAUCCAAUCUCUGAAACACUGAUAUUGCAACAAUAGUUACAUACGCAUUGCAUGAGCUGAUCAACAAACACACAGGCUUUUAUUCUUCGGUCGUCACUUUUAAGAACACAAUAUGCCAACUGAAUACGAGCGAUUUACUAAUGGGAACGUAGAGGGCGGGCCUCAGGCUGUGCCUCCUAGUCAUGAGAAGACUGGUGAGGUUCCAAUCAAUGCUCCUCUUGGAUACCCUUUACAACAGCCUGCACAAUAUGGACCACAGCAACCUGGAGUAUAUGUCUAUCAACAACAGGCACCAGGGCAGCAGAUGAUGAUGCAUGCAGCUCCCGGUCCUAUCCCGAAAGACUACUUCGGAUUUGCGCUCUUUGUUACCAUCUGCUGCUGUCUCCCAUUCGGGAUUGUUGGUCUCAUCAAAUCAAGUGAGGUGAAGAAUCGUGCAGCGAUGGGUGAUUACAAUGGCGCUACCCUGUCCUCUGCUGACGCAAGGCGUUGGUCUUGGGCUGGUUGUAUCGUUGGUGGUAUCAGCUGGGGUAUCGGUAUCGUUGUGAUCUGUGUUUACAUAGGGCUCAUUGUGGCUGCUUGUAACGCUGGUAAUUGCGGUGAUUAUUAACCCGCUGGCUACCAUCAUUCCCAUAGGCUUUAUAUAGGGACCACUCGGUUCUAGUGCGGUGAUUAUUAAACGGAAGAAAUCAAAAGCACAGAGCAAGGGUUAAUAAUGCGAUAGGCCAACCAAACCCUACGUGUUCUCAUGUCUAGAGCCCAUGUCGGUCAUAUAAACAGAAUGUAAGAUAAAUACGUGAGUACAUCAUAUGAGAAAUAAUUGAUUAGAUAUACAAAUCAGUUAAUAAAUAAAUGAAUAACUUACUUAAUUUAUUGAUUAAUAAUUAAUUUAAAAAUGUACAUCACAUACCUUUACCACUUAUAAAACAGAGAUAGCUGAUGUACGCGGUGAGUGGAUUUGUUUUUUGCAGCUAACAUUUUUGCCCCCCCCCCCCCUCCCCUCAAGUAGAAUUGUGUGUAUUUUGCCACUGUAUGUACUGUUAAUGCUUGAACCGGGCUCUGCUGGUUACUCAUUAAGUGGAGUCUUAAACCCACUGUUUAUAUUGACACAAUGGCCAGAAUUCACAAAGAAGGUUUGUCGACAAACCUUGGUUUUCGUACGUCAUAAUUAUGACGCGUUUUACGCGUUUAUUAC